AAGCGAGGUUGCGUCAUCGGCCUAGCACGGCUUAAAAUGGCUGUUGCAAAUAGUGGAAGCCGAGUGGAUACAAUUUACAGAGCUGCUAUUCAAGCUCCUAAGUUCUUUUCAAAGGGAUUGGGAGAUAUACGGCUGCUUGAACGUAUAUUUAAGCUUAUGAACAGUGUGAGACAUGAAAGAUAUACGGCCUGGGAGAACGGAGAUGGCUCAGUUAUCGACCAGUGUUUUAACAUUUGCCGUAGAUCCGAUAUUAAAAUUCUAGGGUCUGGGAAGAACGGUAUUGCUGAUGUUUUCGAAUAUGAGUUCAAGUCACCUUUGACAAAAAUUCUUCCGGGUGCUUUACCAAAGGAAAGCGAAAGAGUCAGGUUCCAACUUGUGUUGCCUACCAGCUGGAAUAGGAACGGAGAGAAAAGCAGUAGCAAAGUGCCAGAGAGAAAACCGCUAUGUAUACAUCUUGCUGGGACUGGCGACCAUUACUACUGGAGACGGCGUCACUUCAUGGCAUUACCGCUAGUAAAAGAAAACGAUGUUGCAUCAAUUAUUCUAGAAAACCCAUUUUAUGGCACAAGAAAGCCGAAAGGACAGAAUAAAUCAGGUUUGAGAUAUGUCUGUGACUUGUUUGUCAUGGGAGCAGCAUUGAAAUUCGAGGUCAUGGCAUUGUUGGCGUGGUGUGAAAAGCAAGGAUAUGGACCUCUUGGUGUCACUGGAAUAUCAAUGGGAGGCCAUAUGGCAUCAAUUUCUGCAACAUCUUGGAACAAACCAAUUGGGAUUAUACCAUGCUUAUCAUGGAGCACAGCUGCCCCAGUGUUCACUCAGGGUGUGAUGAAAUACAGUGUAUCUUGGGAUGUGCUGCAAGAGCAAUUAAAAUCUACACCUGAGUAUGUGGACUUGCUUGAGAAAUACUCAAAAGAAUAUUGUGAAAAAUUGAACAGCAGGUCUAAAAGCCUCAGUGGUAUUGGCAAAUUUCCAAAGCACAUGGAAGCAUCAGGAAAAGAAGAUUUACUCAAAAUUGUUGGUGAGAGGAACACAAAACGUGCAGAUAAGUUUCGAAAUUAUGAUGUUGACAAGAAAAAGCUUGGAAUAUUUGCAGUUGAUUUUGACUCCUUGCUCAGGCUUGACAAUUUAACAAGUGGUUUGGUACAUAGCAUUUCAGAAAAGCUCAACUUUGACCUUCUUAGACAGUACUCUUUGAUUGACAGUGGCAACACAAAUGAAGUCAAUCAAGAUACUAUUGACUAUAUGGAUUCUAUAUUUCAUGAACUUACACAUCUAGAAAAAUUCACUCCACCACACCCAGAAUCAUGUAUGAUCUUUGUAACAGCCAAUCAUGACAGCUAUGUGCCCAUGAAUAACUUUAGGAGUCCUGCAGAAGUAUGGCCUAAUGCUGAGAUGCGUAGUAUUGACUGUGGACAUGUCAUGGGUGUUUUGAGAUAUCAAAAAAUGUUUAGAGAUGCUAUCCGAGAUGCUUUGAGUAGAUUAUGAUAGCCUUGUAGUUUAAAAAUAGUUUAAUUUAACAUUUUCAGUAAGAAAUUCUGGAUAUGAAGUUAUGCAGGCCCUAAAUAAAUAUGCCUUUUUGCAACACAGUAUCAGAUUUAAGAACAACAUUUUGAAAUUGCUUCACUUAUUCAACGGCUCCAGUAGCUUCUGUUUAAGUUGAAUUACCAAAGUUCUUUAAGGUCCUUUUUUGAUAUCAAUGUUAGAAAAUCUUUAUCAUGAAGACAGGAAUGUAAAAAACAAAGAGUCUAGUAAAAGGCUGUCUGAAAUAUUCCUCUGUAGAUUAGUUUGAAAUUUUCUUAAGUCACCCUGCCCUUUUCCCUUCACAGGCCAGUCGUUCUGUUUGGUUGUUGAAGUAGGAAUGGAGAGUCUGAACUCAAUAAAUUGUGACUCAUACUUCCACUCUCUAUGACACCAUAUGUUUACUUUGGCUGUUCAAUACCCCUUGAGUAUACUGAGUCUAAAAAAGGUUGCUUUUAAUGUUUGCAAUCUUCCCACAAGUCUAGAAAAAAAAUUCUGCAUAUCACCAUAAACCAAAGCAGCUGUCACAAUGUGAAUUCUAUAUAUCUGUAGAUUUCAACGUCGACUUCAAGCAUUAGUUGUGACCAUAGUAGUGACCAGAGUACUGACCAUAGCAGUGACCGGUGACCAUAGAAGUGACCAAAUUUUCUUCAGAAGCUUAGCUAAGGCACUGCUGCAGUAAAUCGAUUAGAGCUGUUAGAUAAAAAUAAUUUCUUAAAAAGACAAAUAUAAAUACUUUUUGUAAAAUUUGCGAAAUGUUGAUAGUAAAAUUUAUUUUCAGAAUUUCCUAUGCAUUUAACUCUAAAUGUGUGUUGAAAUGCCAGUGUAUGCUUUACUUAAAUUGAAUUCUAAUUGAAUAUCUAAGACAUUUAUGAAUAUGUUCAAAUGCCAUUCAAAUAAUUCAUUUUUGAGCCAAAAAUCUUUAAUAUGCACAAAUUAAAAAAAGAAAAGGAGGAUCACCUUUGAUGGAUUCAGCUCUUGU